GAGCACAAGGGAUAUUUCCAAUUUAGUGAAGUUUUAACUCUUUAAAGAGAUAAUAUAAAGUUUUUUUUUUUUUUUUUGGUUUUUGGUUUUGUUUUUUUUUGGGUGCAUAAUCAGAUAAAAAUUAAGAGAUCACCGUACACGUCGGGCAUUGACUAAAACAUCCAGAAGGAGUGGGGCCCAUGUCAUCUCAAGUAAUCCACACAACGAAAAGAAAAAAGGAAACCCAAGUCCAUAUAUCAUAUCGUAUCAUCUUCAAGGAUACUUGUACUCUGCAAAUAAUUUAUUGCCAUCAUGAAUUUCUCACGGUGGUUGCUCAUGAUAGUCGUAAUAGUAGUAGAUGCACUCAAUGGUGGAGUAGGCCAUGAAGAUUGCAGAGAAACAAGAUGUGGCCCGAGAGAACCAGCCAUCCGAUACCCAUUUCGCCUUAAAGGUAGGCAGCCAAUCCAUUGCGGCUGCCGGGGAUUUGAUGUUUCAUGCACUGACUUCAACCAGACUAUGCUUGAGUUACCAUCGUCGUCAGCUAAGGUCUUUGUUGAUGCGAUUAACUACACAUCUCAUACAAUUAGUGGAACACAACCAGCCUAUGUUCGUUUUCGUUGCUUGCCAAGGGAGUUGUUUUACAGUGAUGGUUCUUAUCCCCUUGAAUUGGUAGGCCGGGCAACCUUAUUCAGUUGUCCACCGUCAACAGUAAGAGAUGAAUAUUGUUCCAAUCGUUAUUGUUGUCUGACAAGAUUGAGCCCAUGCCAUGGCAACAAUUCUGGUAACCGUAUUUACGCUGUCAUUGAUUAUUCUUGUUCCAUUGCUGACAUGCCCCUAGUGUCUUGUACCAAGGUGCAUGACUACCCAUCAGAUCCUGCAUAUAUAUCUCAUGAGAACAUUGCAUUGUACCAAGGACCAUUUUUGUUAUUGCAUUGGUCCAUUCCAUCAUGUGAACAUUGCAAAGGUCGUAAUCUUAGAAGGACAAAUCUGAAGAUAUUAGGUAUUUGCGCACUGUGUUUAGUUCUAAUAGCGACGGGAACGACAAUCUGCUAUGUCUACAACUCAAACAAAAAGGAAAAUGAAAAUCAGCUUAGAAUUGAAAGAUUUUUGGAUGAAUACAGAGCGAUGAAGCCAAGUAGAUACUCCUAUGCUGAUAUUAAGAGGAUAACAAGUCAAUUCAAGGAAAAGUUGGGUCAAGGUGCCUACGGAACAGUGUUCAAAGGAAUGCUUUCCUCUGAGUUACUUGUUGCUGUGAAAAUCCUCAACAAUUCAAAUGAAAAUGGGGAAGAUUUCAUAAACGAAGUGGGGACAAUGUGUCAGAUCCACCAUCUCAAUGUGGUUCGCUUGGUUGGAGUUUGUGCUGACGGAUUUAUUCGUGCUCUUGUUUACGAAUACUUACCAAAUGGUUCCUUGCAAAAUUUCUUAUCAUCAGCAGACAAUAAGAAUUCAUUCAUUGGUUGGGAAAAGUUGCAAGAUAUCGCUCUAGGAAUAGCUAAAGGAAUUGAAUAUCUUCACCAAGGAUGCGACCAACGAAUCCUGCACUUCGAUAUCAAACCACAUAAUGUAUUGCUAGACCAAGAUUUCACUCCAAAGGUUUCUGAUUUCGGUUUAGCCAAGUUUUGUGCUAAGGAUCAAAGUGCAAUAUCGAUGACUACAGCUAGGGGGACCAUGGGCUACAUUGCACCUGAAAUCUUCUCAAGGAACUUCGGCAAUGUCUCUUAUAAGUCAGAUGUCUAUAGUUUUGGAAUAUUGUUGCUUGAAAUGGUUGGGGCCAGAAAAAACUUUAAAGUCAUGGAGGACUCCACUAGCCAAGUCUACUUCCCAGAAUGGAUCUAUAACCUUUUAGAGCAACGCAACGACCUACGAAUCCAUAUCGGUGACGACGAAGUAGAUGUAACAAUUGCUAGGAAACUUGCAAUUGUGGGUCUAUGGUGCAUCCAGUGGCAUCCAAUAGAUCGUCCUUCAAUGAAAGUUGUAGUUCAAAUGUUGGAAAGAGAAGGUGAGAAUCUCGCCAUGCCUCCUAAUCCUUUUGCCAGCACUUCGAGUUGAAGGAGAAUAUAAUGAACAGACCUCUACGCUGAAAAAGCAAUUGUGUCUGCAAGGAUUAUACUGCUCACUUAUGAGAAGAGUCUUCGAGUGUUCUUAUAAUUAAUAAGAUUGUUAUGGUAUUGUCGUGUGUUAAGUAGAUAGUACUAGUUAAUUAAAAAACUGGUUUGAGUUCAAUAAAUUUCAAUGUAAAGUAUUAAUUAGAUGGCAAUAAUUCAUCAAACGUUCAGUACAUGUUACAAUUGAGACUCUUAAGAUA